AUGGCACCACACGCAGAAGACGGUGUACGAGCUGAGGCAUCGAACGGCCAAACCGUUCCGGUCAAUGAGGGGCAGGCUCCACUCGAGCCUGGGGUGAAGAAGAGUAUCGCACAGGGAAAGAUGGCGGAAUUCCCAAGACCACCCAAGUUUGACGACAAGUACAAGGAGCGAGAUUACCUCAAAGGCCGCCUCGCAGCAGCGUUCCGCAUCUUCGGCAAAUACGGCUUCGAUGAAGGUGUAGCCGGCCACAUCACACUUCGAGACCCCGUGGAUCCGGAUUGUUUCUGGGWGAAUCCCUUUGGCGUUGCAUUCUCUCUGAUCAACAAAUCCGAUCUCAUCCUCGUUAACCAUGCUGGUCAAGUCAUUGAUGGAGGCGAGUGCCGCCUGCUCAACACCGCAGCUUACAUGAUCCAUGCUGCCGUGCACGCCGCUCGUCCGGACGUCAUUUGUGCUGCCCACAGCCACUCCAUAUAUGGUCGUACAUGGUGCUCUCUAGGCCGCAAAAUCAACACUCUAACUCAAGACGCUUGUGCAUUCCACAACGAUCAUGUUGUCUAUGAUUCUUUCAACGGCGUUGUGCUUGCUGAGAAGGAAGGCAAGGAUAUCGCUGCUUGUCUUGGAGAUAAGAAGGCUGCUCUGCUGCAGAACCACGGGCUUCUUACUGUUGGACAGACGAUCGAGGAGACUAUUUUCUGGUUCGUUAGUUUGGAGAAGUGCUGUCAAUCGCAGCUGAUGGCUGAGGCUGCUGCUGCUUCGCGUGGUGAGAAGCCAAUUGAGAUUGGUGACGAAGAGGCGUCGUACACCUAUCGUACUGUGGGAAGUGGUCGUGCUGGCUGGUUCAGUGCGAAGCCCUUGUUUGAUGUUAUUCACAAGGAGACGAACGGCGAAUACCUUCAGUAG